UUAACUACUCUCUCUCUCUCUCUCCUCUAUCAGUGUGCUUGUACCUAGUCAAAAGAGAGGUGUGUAUUUAUGCUUCAUCACGAAAUAUUCCACCAUUGAUAGAUUGAUUAGACAAACCACUAUGGAUAUCCUUCUCCCAUACCUAAGCACUAUCAUACCGACUGCUAUAGUACUCUUUUCAUGCUACCUGCUAAGGAGGUCCAAAUCUUCCAAGACCAAAUUAGCACCAGAAGCUAGCGGUGCUUGGCCUAUUAUAGGUCACCUUCCCUUGUUAGCAGGAGCUGAGCUUCCCCACUUAAGAUUAGGAGCCUUAGCUGACAAAUAUGGACCUAUUUUUACCAUUAGGAUAGGGAUGUACCCAGCUUUGGUGGUUAGUAGCUGGGAGUUGGCUAAGGAACUAUUCACCACCAACGAUGCAAUUGUAAGUUCUCGCCCCAAACUCACAGCUUCAAAAAUUUUGGGCUACAACUUUGCCAGUUUUGGGUUCUCUCCAUAUGGAGAAUUCUUUCGGGGAAUUCGUAAAAUAGUUGCGUCAGAACUACUCUCCAACCGCAGACUUGAGCUACUAAAACAUGUUAGGGCCUCUGAGGUUGAGGUCUCAGUUAAAGAGCUAUACAAGCUAUGGUACUCAAAGGAUAAAAAUGAGGAAAGCCAAAUUCUGGUUAACAUCAAGCAGUGGACUGCUGACAUGAAUUUAAACCUGAUGCUCAGGAUGAUUGCAGGGAAACGAUACGAUGAUGCUGGCAUUGUUACUGAGGAAAAUGAGGCGCGCCGAUGCCAGAGAGCGAUGAGGGAAUUCUUUCACUUGACGGGGUUGUUUGUAUUAAGGGACGCAGUUCCAUUUUUGGGGUGGUUGGAUUGGGGUGGAUAUGAGAAAGCCAUGAAGAGAAAUGCUGAGGAAUUGGACAAUAUUUUUGACGAAUGGCUAGCGGAGCAUCGCAGGAAGAGAGAUUCAGGUGAAUCAGCUAACAAAGAGCAAGACUUUAUGGACGUGAUGCUAUAUGCUCUUGAUGGUAUCAACUUGGCUGGUUAUGACGCUGAUACAGUUCGCAAAGCCACAUCCCUGUCUCUCAUUAUAGGGGGCACUGAUACUGUAACUGUCACUAUAACUUGGGCACUGUCGUUAUUGCUGAACAAUACCGUUGCAUUGAAGAGUGCUCAAGAAGAACUGGAUGUUCAUGUUGGCAAGGAAAGACUAGUGAAUGAAUUGGACAUCGAGAAGCUAACAUAUCUCCAAGCUUGUGUCAAAGAAGCACUCAGGUUAUACCCUGCAGGUCCACUUGGAGGAUUCCGCGAAUUCACUGCAGACUGCACUAUAGGUGGUUACUAUGUCCCUGCAGGCACUCGGUUACUAUUGAACAUUCAUAAGAUCCAAAGGGAUCCACGAGUGUGGCCCAACCCAACAGAGUUCAAGCCAGAGAGGUUGCUUGGUUCGCACAAGGCUGUUGAUGUCAUGGGUCAACAUUUUGAGCUCAUCCCAUUUGGUGCCGGUAGAAGAGCUUGUCCUGGGGCGACUUUGGGACUCCGAAUGAGUCAUUUAGUGCUGGCGAGUAUCCUCCAAGCUUUUGAAAUCUCACCUCCAUCAAAUGCACCGAUUGAUAUGACUGGAACUGCUGGGCUAACAUGCAGCCAGGCUACCCCCCUUCAAGUUCUAGUCAAACCACGCUUGCCUGCUUCUGUUUAUGAAUAGAUUUUGAGAAAUAGAAUGCUUGUCACAUAUAAAUCUGUCUCACUUCUAUAUGCUGUCCAACCCCUUGGCUGUUCUUGUAAGAAAAAUAAGUCUCUUAAUAUAAUAAGGCCAUCAUAUUGACAGGUGAUUUUGCUUUGGAAA